AAAAUAAAAACGAAGAAGCGAAACUAAGAAAAAAUAAAAAUAAAAUCAAUAAUACCAACAUUACCAAAUUAGCAGGUGUGUAGGUGUGAAGUGUUAACCCUGACCUAACCUACCCUCCCCCACACCCCAGACAAGACCAGUGUUGCCAAUAUGAGUGAGUGACCCGGGGAGUAUGAACACGUCAGCUCGUAUCCCCUUGGCCAUUUAGCGCCUUGUUGUGAGCCAUGUACCGCCGCCCACCUCUUGCCGCGUGGGUGGACUGGGCACACUAGCUCAGACGAGAGAGAAGGAGGAGAAAUCGAUGCUAAAAGGAGAUAGAGAGAAAUUGAUAUGAUAGAGAGAGAGAGAGACAGAAAUUUGAGGGAAUGACAGAUUAAAUAUUGAAAAGACAGAAAUAGAGACAAAUUGAUACGAAAGACAGAAAUUUAAGGAGAAUAACUGAUAAAACGGUGGAAAAACGGAAAAAAACAAAGAAAUUAAAGAGACAGAGAGGAAGAAUAAAACUGAGAAAGAGAGAGACAUAGAGAGAAAUAGAUACGAGAGAUAGAAAUUAAAGGAACAGCGGAUAAAACAGUGAAAGACGGAAAUAAACAGACAAAAGACGAAAAGACAGUGAAGGAAAAUAAAAAAAAAAAAAACGAGAGAGAUAGAAAUAGAGAAUAAAAAGGAGAAACUGAGAGAAAGAUAGAGAGAAAAUAAAGGAAAGAGAUAAAAGAAAGUGAAAAAGACGGAAAGAAAGUAAAAUAGUGAGAGAAAAUAACAAACAAGAGAGAGACAGAGAGAAAUAGACAAUAAGAAAGACAUACUGACACACACACACACACACACACACACACACACACACACACACACACACACACACACACACACACACACACAAUGACACCAGCACACAAACAGAAAAUUUGAACACAUACCAAAACAAGCAAAGACAGACGAACAGACAGACAGACAUGGCAGGGAUUUUGACGUGCUGUCUGGACCGGGAGAGGCUGUCAGAUGCCGUGGAGGCGCUUGCUGUCAAAUGCCCUGAUGCCACCUGUUGUUGUGCCUGUUGUUCUGCAUUCCGUCCUCGCUACAAACGACUCGUGGACAACAUUUUCCCGGCCAUUCCCGAGGAUGGGCUGGUCAAGAGCAACAUGGAUAAACUGAUGUGGUACGCUAUGAAUUCACCGGACAAACUGGACCGGAUUGGGGAGUACCUGGCUUAUCGGCUCUUCCGGGACAUCAACAGGAGAAAAACAGGCUACGUAAUCAUCUCCAUGGACGCCCUGGACCAGCUUCUCGUCUCCUGCCACGCCAACAACCUCAAUCUUUUUGUCGAGUCCUUCCUACAAAUGGUACAGAAGCUUUUAGAGUCAACCGAACCUGCCUUGCAACUCAGAGCCACACAAUCGUUUGAGAAGUUCGCCAACAUCCGAGAGGACACGCCUUCCUACCACCGACGCUACGACUUCCUGGUCAGCAAGUUCUCCUGCAUGUGUUACUCUAAUGACGACAACGAGGCCACACGCAAACACCUCAGGACUGCCGGGAUCAAGGGACUGCAGGGUGUGGUGCGCAAGACAGACUGGGACAACCUCGGAGAGAACAUCUGGCUGCCCACACACAUGGAGAAGAUUGUGCCCUCCCUCCUGUACAACAUGCAACACAGCUCUCUGUACACUGAGGAGACGAAGCCCACAGCAGACACCCCUGACAACCACCACCACCACCAGGGCGAUGGAGAGAAGGAACCACAUGAACUGGCUGAAAUGUGUCUGCGGGAACUUGUAUCUCGCGCCACCUAUGGAAAGAUACACAAUGUUGUCAAGCCUUUGUUAAUGCACAUGGACCUCCAGGGGCUGUGGGUGAACAACACAUUCGCUGUACAGGUGUUCAAGAUUCUCAUGUACUCUAUACAGGUUCAGUACAGCAUAACGAUAAUUGAGCUGAUCAUGAGUCACCUGAACGAGAAGGGAAGCGAGUCAGCGAAGAUCAGGACUGGUAUUGCUGAUGUGCUGUCCAAAGUCAUUCCAAUCGCUGCGGGGGAGUGUAUAGGUCCAUCAGUCAUUGAGAUCAUCAAUUCCCUGCUGGAGCACAUUCGGGCCUCAGUGGUGGGAGGGGCCAGUGGAGAGGAGGGUUCGGCGGAGCGCAUGUACCAGGAGACUCUGAUCCACGCGCUGGGAGAGUACGCUAACCACCUCCCGGACUACCAGAAGGUGGAUUCCAUGGUGUUUAUAUUGAACAAGGUUCCCGGCAGCGACAGGGUGGAUGAUGUCGGCUCCCAGCGUCCCGAGGCAGAGGUGAAACUGCAGCACAUUCUCCUCAAGUCACUGCUUAAGGUGGGGACAAAAUACACCACAGAGCAGUACAGCAAGACCUUCGCGCAGUCGUUCCUGGUGCGGCUGAUGAGAUUGAGCAUGUCUAGUGAUGCUGAGGUGAGACUAACGGUUCAGCACAUCCUUCACACGCUGCUCGAUCGACACCACAACUCUCACAAACUUGCUAAGCCCACUCUGGAGAUCACAAAAUUAGGCCUUACGUUUGCCAAGCCAGUCCGACAAGAUGUGAAUUUCUGGCGUAAGUCGGGCACAGAGCUGCUUCUGUCAGCCCAGGAGAAUUGUGAGUUUGCCAAUAACACUCUGGCUAACCUGGAGGCCGUCUUCACCACCCUCAUGCUGCUGCUGCUCGAGAUCCGCUCCGAUGAUGUUAUUGUUGAUGUUCUGAGAGUGAUGUUCCAUGUGCAGGGUGCAGCACAGAGUGGGAAUGUGAAGGGACCAGCUGCCAUUCAACUCCAUGGUCUUGUGUCCUCAGUAAUGAUGACAGUGGCUCACCUGGUGCCCACUCUGAAGGACCAUGUGGCUACUGUCGUCAAGAACAGGUCAGACCGUGCACCCCACCUGCUGCCCGACCUCCUGCCGCAGUAUGAUCCAACCCUGCCCUUCGCUGGCCUGCCUGAUGACAUCCUCUUUGAUAAUGCCACUGUUCUUGACCUCCUCAGUGGCACCAGUCUUGAUGAGAAGCGACUAACAGCAAGCAUGUCCAGUAUGAAGAGGCGCCAUUCUGGAGGACACAACACGUCAAACUCUGCUAUGGACAUCAAUGCUAUCAGUGUGGAGGUGGACAGUGCCUGCUCCUCACCUGGCCUGCCGAGGAAGCCGCUGGAGGAGGAGAUCACCUUUGAGUCCCUGAAGAAGGUCCUGACAGAGAGCCCGGAGCAGAAACGGAAAGCGGAAGAGGAGAAGCAGCGAAGGCAGAUCACCGAGGCGUUCAUGACGGAAUCUUUCGAGGCUCUUUUUGCCAAGAUACAAGCACGCCAGCCAGACAACCUCCACAACAAGCUAACCGAGAUUUUCAACCGUCUCCCGCCACCCUCCUCCACCGCCACCACCGCCUCCGCCACCACCACCACCGCCACUGCAGCCACUACUUGUGAUUCUGCCGCAGCUCUCAUCUCAGCUGCUUCACACUCCCCCUAUCAGCUCCCUUAUCCCGAUAUUAUCAUUUAUUAGCAUUAGUUUGUCUCUCUCUCUCUCUCUCUCUCUCUCUCUCUCUCUCUCUCUCUCUCUCUCUCUCUCUCUCUCUCUCUCUCUUUCUCUUUCUUCCAAACACACACACACAUUGUUCACUUUUAUAUUUCAAGAGAUUGAGUGAAUAUUAUUAUUUGAUGCUGUGAGAGAGAGAGAGAGAGAGAGAGAGAGAGUCACAACUAAAGAUAAAAAAAAGUUGUAGAUUAUAUGGACUAAAUUGAAACUUUUAUAUAAUUUAAUUCAUAUUUAGGUAGUUUAUUUAUUUGAUUUUUUCUAUUUUUUACAGUGAGACAAUGUGUGUGUGUGUGUGUGUGUGUGAGAAAUAGGAAAUAGUUUUGAAUUACCUUUAAUCCGAUUUGUAUAUAUUGCUGAGAGAGAGAGAGAGAGAGAGAGAGAGAGAGAGAGAGAGAGAGAGAGAGAGAGAGAGAGAGAGAGAGAGAGUUAGUAAAAUCCUCGAACCAAAACAAUGAUAAUAAUAAUAAUAAUAAUAGUAAUAAUAAUAAGAAGAAGAAGAAGAAGAAACAAGACAGUUUUCGCCAUUAGUAAUUUGCACAGACAAUAUUUUUGGGGCGUUGGCAUAAUAUUUUGUCACAAGCUUUUAUUCCUCAAUACUUUUCAAACUUCCAACAAACAACAUUGCAUUUAUCACCCUAUCUACGUGUGUGUGUGUGUGUGUGUACUUAUGUCUCUAGUAGUAGCAUAGAGUCACAGGGUUUGAGUGCAUGUGUGUGUGUGUGUGUGUGCAUGUGUAUGUGUGUGUGUGUGUGCAUGUGUAUGUGCAUAAGCCUAUUAGAAGCAAGACAUUAGUUAGUAGUAAUUCAAACCUGUACAUACAUUAAUAGCAAGAAGAGGGACAUAAGAUUUAACGAGAGAGAGAGAGAGAGAGAGAGAGAGAGUGGUGUCAUGUCUCUCUUUGUCUCUCUACCAUAAAUGUGUCUUGUUUAUGUAAAAGAGGAAAAUGACCAAGGGAAACAUAAAACAAAGAAAAAAAAGGUUCCACUCAGUUGCCAGUCCCCUUGCAGGUCUGAGUUUUAAACAUUUUAGAGAGAAAGAGAGAGAGAGAGUGGUGUCAUGCUCUCUGUCUCUCUACCACAACUGUGUCACUUCUUUUACGUGAGAUAGAGAAAAACUGGCUAGGGGCGACAUAAAACAAAGAGAAAAAGGCCUACUUAGUUGCCAGUUCCCUUGCAGGUCUGAAAGAAUUAGGCAAAAUAGAUGGACUUGAAAAAAUGGGGUUUGAAGUUCAGGUCAUUUAGUGAGUACUGAGUGAAAUAGAGGUGACAAGGUACUAGAAAAGAGUGAAGUGGUUAACAUGUAGGUAGUGCUGAUUUGUGUGGUAGGUUCUGAUUGAGGUGAAGAAAUGAUAACUAGCAAGUAUUGAAUUAACUAGAGAUGAGGAGAGAGAAGAGUGGAGUGUUUAUGUAGUGUUGACAUGUGGUUCUGAUUGAGGUGAAGGAAAUGAUAUGAUAAUUAGUGUGUAUUGAGUGUAUGAUGAGUGAAAUAGAGCAGAUGAGGUGUUAGAAAAGGGUGUAAUACUUAUGUAGAUAGUGCUGACUUGUGUGUGGUUCUGAUUGUGGUGAAGGGAAUGAUAUAAGCUUUAAAAAGACAGUGGAAAAAGUGCAUGAUUAAAACCAGUUGUAAUAAUAUAACAAUGAUAAUAAUUUUGCAUGUUAAUUCUUUAAUAAAUUGAAAAUAAAUGUUUGAUUGAGGUGAGGGAAAUAAUAGAAACUUUGAAAAGACACUGGAAAAUUAGCUAAGACUUAAACCAAUGAUAAUAUGACAAAGAUAAUAAUUUUACAUGUUAAUUCUUUGAUAAAAUGAAAAAAAAAGAACGAAGCUGAAAAAAUAAAUACUAGGAAUAAGAAAAAUAGUUGAAAUUUGAAGGCGAUAACUAAUGUGUGUUUGAGACAGUAAGAAUCGAGUUGAAAAAAAUAAAUAAAUUGAAUAAGAAAAGAAAUUAAAUAGUUUGUCAGGAGAAAAUGACGCAAGGUGAAAUGCUCCGGCAAACUGGAAUUUAAGUGUCUGAUUUCAUUUUUCUUUGCAAGCUUGUUAAUAUGUAAAAGCUUUUGUAUAUAAGUCUCAUAUCAGAAUACAAUCAAUAAGGAAAAAGAGGAAAAAAGGAAGGAAAAGUAGGAAAAAGGAAGAACGGAAUAGGAAAAAGAGGAAAAGGAAGAGGAAAGAAGGAAA